AUGUCUGUGACCAUGAGGGGUGCCACAAGGCUUUCUCCGAUUUUAGCUCGUCAUCGCCGGAUUCACACUGGCAAGCGGCCCUAUAUCUGUCAGGAGCCCGCCUGCGAAAGAAGCUUCUGUCGCAAAACUACUUUAACUAAGCACCAGCACCGCUCCCAUCCACCAGGAACGAUGACCCGGCCACCGUCGGAGGAUGCAGUGUCUGAGCAAUCGUACCAGACUCCUGUCACCGCUCCAGUCUCAAGCGACCAAUACCUUCUCACACAACAGCCAUACUACCACCAACCUUCGACCCCCAGCCAGGACUUCUAUCCACAACAAACCAUACCAAUGACACACAUCCCUGUACACGAUACCCCGCCAAUAGUUGCGCAUACCAUCCCGGUCACGUCGGCGCUUGACUUACAGCAUGCGCAGCAACAGUACAUGCAACAAUUUAUGCAGCAACAGCAACAGCAGCAGCAUCAACAACGAUUUGAUCCAACCCGCCAAGGCUAUAUACCACCAGAAUACCAGCAGCAGACGUUUGUGCCGCAGCCAAUUGUCGAAGGACAUCCUAUGAUGGCUUCGUACAACCCGAAUUUCCAGUACAAACAACCGACGCGCAUCUUGAACCAACCCGAAGGAACGGACUGGAGAUUCCUCGGAGUUGGUUAA